UUCUGGAAGUUCCUUCCCUUGCACUUGCAUUAGAAAAAUAUAGAAAGAAAACAAACGAUUCUAUCCAACGUCACCAUACAAAUACAAUGUUUUCCAUUAAAUUCCAAUAUUUUCCCAGUAUGUGCAUCACCUUAUUUUACACACGUCAAUCCAUUAUUGGUUCCUUUAUGUAGGCUGCCGCAGCUCCCCCUCCUCCACACCAAAUCCAUGACUAGUUAAACGCUGGGAUAAAUUCCUUGGCAUUGAUCACGAACACUGGUGCCUUCACUUUGAAGAAGGAAAAGAAGAAAACAAUGGCGCUGUGGUUUAUGGUGGGCAUAAUUUGUGGCUUGUGCUUUGUAUGUUUGUCAGCAGAGCUUCAGAGAUUGGAGCAGCCCGGCAAAGGUGAUGGUUCCCUUAGCUUUUUGGUGGUUGGAGAUUGGGGCAGAAGAGGGUCUUUUAACCAAUCACGAGUUGCUUUCCAGAUGGGAAAGAUUGGAGAGAAGCUGGACAUCGAUUUUGUAGUUUCCACGGGAGAUAAUUUUUAUGACAAUGGAUUGAGUAGCGAACAUGACACAGCAUUUGAAGAGUCAUUCACAGACGUUUACACAGCAAAGAGCCUGCAAAAGCAGUGGUACAGCGUUUUGGGCAACCAUGAUUACAGGGGUGAUGCAGAGGCACAAUUGAGUCCUCUUCUUAGAAAAAUUGACAGCAGAUGGCUUUGUUUAAGAUCCUUUAUCGUCAAUGCUGAAUUAGCUGAGAUCAUCUUUGUGGACACCACUCCUUUUGUCAACACCUACUUCCUUGACCCAGAAGACCACACUUAUGACUGGCGCGGUGUAACUCCUCGCAAGCCUUACAUUGCAAAUCUAUUGAAGGAUGUGGAGUCUGCAUUAAGAGAAUCAACUGCAACAUGGAAGAUUGUUGUUGGUCACCAUGCGAUUAGAAGUGUUGGGCAUCAUGGCGAUACUGAGGAACUUGUUAGCCAUCUCCUCCCUAUUCUCAAGGCUAAUAAUGUCGAUUUUUACAUGAAUGGUCAUGACCACUGCCUUGAACAUAUCAGUGACACUGACAGCCGCAUGCAGUUCCUAACUAGCGGCGCAGGGUCUAAGGCGUGGAGGGGGGAUGUCAAACAACUAAACAGAGAAGGUUUAAGCUUCUUCUAUGAUGGGCAAGGUUUUAUGUCCGUGCAAUUGACCCAAUCUGAUGCAGAGAUUGUCUUCUACGAUGUUUAUGGCAACAUUUUGCAUAGAUUGAAUGCAAGCAAACAGUUUCUUCACUCAUCAAUGUAAAGCAGUAGUGACUACACCUGGAACAGGGAGAUUCAACUACUCUCUCAAGGAUCAAUAAUUCUUUAACUUGGACCAGGAAAUUUCAAGAAUUCGUGCCUUUUACUACCAUUGUAAGCUAAUUUUUGUAAUGAAAGUUAAUUGUUGCAAUACCAUUAUUAAUUCAUUA